UCGAGGCCGUGCUCGCGCGCGUGACGUCACAGCCCCGUCCGGGCGCCAUUUUGUGCGUGAGCCGCGGUCGGUAAUAACGUGUCUCAGCGCGGGGCCGUCGGCGGCCAUAGGAGGAGGAGGAGACGAGCGGGGGAGCCCCGGCCUGGCCCGUCACCUCUCAGGGGGUUUUCCCCUUUAUUUUUUGUAUUUUUCAUACAAAGAUCUUUCUGUGUCAUAAAGAUAUUUUUUAUUGAUUGCCUACAGGAUUCACAGGAUUCUACCCAGUAAAGAGUCUAAUUCUCUGCAGGUGUUUGUUGUUUCAGCGCAGCAUGGCUGUGGUCAUCCGCUUGCAAGGCCUGCCCAUAGUGGCAGGGACCAUGGAUAUUCGUCACUUCUUCUCUGGAUUGACCAUUCCUGAUGGUGGCGUUCAUAUUGUAGGGGGUGAGCAGGGUGAGGCUUUCAUCGUUUUUGCCACCGAUGAAGAUGCACGACUUGGCAUGAUGCGCACAGGUGGUACUAUCAAAGGGUCUAAAGUGUCGCUAUUGUUGAGCAGUAAGACUGAAAUGCAGAACAUGAUUGAACUUAGCCGCAGACGCUUUGAGACUGGCAAUGUCGAAAUCCCACCUGCAAACUCUAACCGCCCCGGGCCUCCACCAAACCCAACAAUGGGCACAACCUCUGUAAUGAGCCGAGUUAGUAUGCCAACAACUGUACCCAACUAUAGCAGCCCUCCUACUAGCACAGUCUCUACAGUCACCUCUGUAGGUGAUAGCAGUAAGAAUGUCGCCACCUUCUCCACAGCCGGUGUUGGAAAUGCUCCACCGAGUCUAGGUGCGGCCUUCUGCAACCCAACAUUUACAUCUCCUAUGCCCACUGUUGCUCCACAGCUGCCUUCUGGACCACCACCACCAAUCCCUCCAAUGCCAUCACUUCCAACCCUGCCACCAAUGCCAUCCAUACCUCCUAUGCCUGUUCCUCCUCCCGUGUCCAACAUGCCUCCAGUUCCUCCCGUUCCCCCAAUACCACCAGUUCCACCAGUACCACCAAUGUCAUCUCUCCCUCCAUUGACUGGAUUACCACCCUUGAAUGCACCAUCCAUUGGUCCCCUGCCUGCAGGGAUGAAUGGUUCUGGGUCCCAGAUGAAUAGUAACAUUAACCCAUUGUUCCUCGGUCCUAUAAAUCCAAUGCCAUUAGGCUCCCAAAAUACAAUGAAGCCACCGCCACCUCCACUUAGCCAUGAUGACCCAUAUGUAGCUCUUCACGGGCUUCCUAUACCUGUGUCAGAACAUGAUGUAAAGGAUUUUCUUCAUGGUUUGCGUUUAGAUGGGAUUGUUAUUUUGAAAGAUCACCUGGGUCGUCACACGGGUGGAGCGUUGGCAAAGCUUCUUACCCCACAUGACACGUAUGAAGCUUUGAAACGAAAUAGGAUGCUAAUGGGACAGCGCUUUGUUGAAGUUAACCCAGCGAGUGAGAGACAGUGGGUUAUGUCUGGUGGACACAUGGGGAAACAUGGUGGCGGAGGAGGACACCAUGGGCCAAUGCACUUGAUGCAACAGCCAAUGGGCAGGUCCAAAUCGCCUAGUACCCGGCAGCGGUCCAGGUCUAGGUCCCCACAUGAGCAUGGUUUCUGCAUUCAUUUGAAAGGCCUUCCCUAUGAGGCAGAAAACAAACAUGUGAUAGAUUUCUUUAAGAAACUGGACAUUGUGGAAGACAGCAUAUACAUAGCAUACGGACCCAAUGGUAAAGCUACUGGAGAAGGUUUUCUGGAAUUUAGAAAUGAGUCAGACUUUAAAACGGCACUAAACCAGCAUAAGCAGUACAUGGGAAAUCGAUUUAUUCAGGUUCUCCCCCUUACAAAAAGUCAAAUGAUAGAAAAGAUAGAAUCCAUUAGGAAAAAGUUGCAGGGUUACAAUUACGGUGAUCCAAAGGAUUCCUUGGACAUGGAGAUGGGUAAGCACAGCCCCAGACUCUGGGCACACUUGUCGAAUCUGCCAUAUAACAUAUCCAGAAAGGACGUAUUUCACUUCUUCCAUCGGGAAGGCAUUGCCGUGGAGGAGAACAGUGUGCACGUCCUGACCGAUAUCAAUGGCCAAGGCUUAGGACAGGCGCUUGUUCAGUACAGGAGCGAAGACGACGCUCGGAGAUCUGAGCGCCUGAACCGUAAAAAGCUAAAUGGGAGAGAUGCUUUUCUACGUGUGGUGAAUAAUGAAGAAAGGAAAGAUAUUGAGAUUAAUCCUCCAAUGAUAGGAAGGAAAGGCUUCAAAAUGCAAAACUAUAAUAGCUUACCUGAUCCCAUUCGAUCCGGUGGGGAAGAGUUUCCCUUUAUGAAUAGUAAUAUGAAUGACAAUGGUCAGAACUUUCUUAUUCCUAGUAAAUUCAGCGGCCCAGGCAGUACCUUCGCCCCCCCUGUUCCACCACCUGCAAUGGGGAUUGGAUUUGUAGAUCCGAGACCACCACCGCCUGGACCGUCAAAUGUGAAAACCUCUCCAGUCGAUCCAGUAGAAUUUGUGGGCGGCCCUGGUCAUUUUAAUGUCCCCCCUGCUGGAUUUGCAGCAGGACCACCACCGUUUGGAAGUGGACCAUCCAAUGCAAAUGCCCCCCCUAACUUUAACCCAGCCCCACCAAAUCUACCAACUAGUCCUGGCGGUAUGAACCCCCCUCCUCCCAGUUUCGGUCCAGGAAACCUGCCAAUAAGUGGCCCUCCAGGCUUCGGAAAUGGGUCCGGAAAACCUGGUCCAACUGUGAUUAGGAUCCAGAAUAUGCCCUUUACUGUUACUGUAGAUGAAAUACUCGAUUUCUUUUAUGGCUACCAGUUGAUACCUGAUUCUGUGUGCUUAAAGUAUAGUGAGAAGGGGAUGCCUACAGGAGAAGCCAUGGUGGCAUUUGAGUCCCGUGAUGAGGCGACUGCUGCCGUGGUUGACUUAAAUGACCGACCAAUGGGCUCGAGAAAAGUAAAACUUGUUUUAGGUUAACGCAUAACUGCUUCACACAAUGUUUGUACAGUGACUCAUGUACAUUUACAGGACACUGCAUUUACACUGUUAGAUCCUUACCGAUUUAGAUCAUUUGUAUAUAGAGAACCCAUCACUGCUUAGGGCAAUGCUUUGUUUACUUCAAAACCUGUUUAAGGACUCAGUUUAAGUUGGAUUUCCUUGUCAUUUUGUCAAUGUUAAUUCUGAUGAAGCACAUAUAAAUCUUUUGUUUUUUACAUUGAAUUGAUUCUGGACAGAACAAGUGAAUUUUGUAAUUUUUCAAAAAUGUACAACUAAUUAUGUUAUACGUGCAAAAAGUGCUCCUCACCAAACUUCUUCUAUUGCAAAUCGGGUCAAUUCUACAAUGGAAAUGUAUUUAUGUAUGGUGUAUGGAAUACAAAGUUUGCCACAAGCUACUUUAGUGCGAAUACGUAGAUGACGUAAUUUCUCAUUUUCUAAUUCUCAGUAGUAUUGUCACGUUUGUAAGUUGCAGUGUUAUUGCCCCACUGUUUUAAUGUUAGCAAAUUGUAUAAAAAGAGAACUUUUCAAAUUGAGUGCUUUACGAGCCAAGACCUUUUUAUGGUUACAAUUGCUUUUUUUGAUACUUUUAUUAUACAUACAGUGAGCUAGUGGCAAAACUUUUAUUCUACUGGUUUGCAGAAUCAUCCGCUUAUGACUGUACGGUGGAGCUUUUGUUUUCUCUUGAGAAGAUGUAACAUAUUGAAGGAAGUGGAGACUUAUUCCUUUUAUGCAACUCACGGGAUGCUUUUCGUCAUGUCGAGUGCAUUUGCCUCCCAAAAGUUGACUAAAUGUGAAUGUUAGAUGUACACGAUGAUGAAAGUUGUAUAUCUGUGUUAAGAUGUGCAGCUUGGCUCUUUUGGGCUUUCUGCUGGUGUUUUGAGACUACCCCGGUGUAACAUCUUGCACUGUUAAUUUGCAGUGUGAAUUGUGGCUACUAAUUUUAAAAGAGAAAUAAUCAUCCUAAUCACCACAAUUCCACUUAUUUCACUGUUCAGAAGUUUCAUUUUACAGUUUGCAAAAGUUCAAGUUGAAAAAGUUCUAGUUUUAAGAACCUUGAUGCAUAACCUUUCCAAGUUCUCAUUUUAGAACCUACAGGUAUAUUCCGGCAUUAUAGAAAAAUAUAUAGUGCCAGGGCCUUGGUAAAAUAGAAAAACUAUCCUUAAAGGGGUAUUCCGGUACUUGAACAACUUAUCCCCUAUCCACAAGAUAGGGGAUAAGUGUCUGAUUGCAGGGGGUCUGACUGCUGGGACCCUCCCGUCAUCUUCUGCCCGGCGCCACGGCUCUCCCCAUGCACCAAAAUGGUGGUCGAAAUGCCCCCUUCAUGCAUGUGUAUGGGAGAGCUGGAGAUGCACGAGCUCAGGGGUUGUUGACCACUGCUUCAUGUGGUGGCUGACACAGCUCCAUGCACUGGGCAUUGCCUGCUCCAUGCAUGGGGAGAGCUGGGGGUCCCAGCGGUUGGACCCCCAGCAAUCAGACACUUAUCCCCAUCCUGUGCAUAACUUGUUCAGUACCGGAGUAUCCCUUUAACUACUCACCAGUCUGCUUCUGGUUCUGCCACAGCUCCGGUUCUUUUUCUGGUCCCUAUCUGCUACUAAAAUGAGCGCUCAGAGCAGGAUCUUCCCACUCAGCCAAUCACUGGCAACCAUGUAUUUUUCAGCCAGUGAUUGACGGAGUGGGAAGGUUCUGCUCCAAGCACUCAUCAUGGAAUGAGCGAAAAAGACCAGAAAAAGAACUGGAGCUGCGGGGAGACCAGGAGGAGAGGGUGGGUAAGUAUAGGGUUUAUUUUUUUCUCUUACAAGCACUAUGUAUUUUUCUACAGUGCCAGAAUACCCCUUUAAUGUGUAAUACAUCUGUAAUUAUAAAGCUGCAUGUGUGGAAUCUGACAAGUAGAAAUGUUCUGAGUUAAAUGUUGUUUUGGAUUUACACAAAUAUAUACACUAUUUUACUUUAAUAUUUUACACUUUGCAUUUGGAAGCUUUCUGCUUUAUACUUUUGUUACUGGUUUAAUCCUGGAUAUCAAGGAAAUAUUGUGGCUUUUGUAAAUAUAAAAUGUGAAAUAAAGUGUUAUUUCUCUGGCUCCUCAGAGGAGAGCAUGGUUCUGCUUGAUAUACGUUGCAUAUAAAUGAUGCUCGAUUCCUUUAGUGUUAUUUACCAUUGCCAUGAAACAUUGUAAUAAAAUAUCAUGGAUGUUUUUUUUCUACUUUAAUGUUUUUUAUUUGUGAAUAUAUGCAUUGUCUUAUUUUUCUUGUGUUGGGAUGAAUUGCAAAUGGUUAGAUUUGGAUUUUUUGUUGUUGCAAUUUAUAUGAAACCAAAAAAAAAAAAUGAGACCACCUCCUGAGG